UGGCUCACCGCAGAGCGACUUAGAGCUUCUCAGUGAGGAACAUCUGCCAUUUCAGCCGGUGUUUUUAGGUGGUUUGGGGUUGUUUUUUGACCCGAAAAUGAGGUGAAAUUUUAAUGAUAAGCGUCUGAACAGGAUGCGGUUGGAAAGGAGCCGCUUGAGGAGUCGGUUCGGAGGAAUAUUCGGGUUUUGCUGGGUGAAGUGAGAGAGAGAGAGAGAGAGAGAGAGAGGAGGUGAAGCAGCCUGCUGGAGUGUCAAUGCUGCCUUCACUGGCGCUGAUAUUUCCCUUUCCUUUCUUCACAGUCUCCUUUAAAAGGCUGGUUUUAUUCCGAUCUGGAUCAAAAUAUAAUCGAAUUAAUCGACUGUCAGAAAAAGAAGGAGGAGGAGGCAGGAUUUUUUUCUUCCCAGCUGGAGAAUGAUAAUAUGUCCAGACGAAAACAGACCAACCCUUUCAAAGUGAAUUGUAGGUAUCACAGGGCCGUUUCACAUGACAGGCUUCUCUGGACCACAACACGCUUCGGAGAUGGAGGCGAAAGACGACUUUGCUGAAAACCCUGCAUGCCACAGCACCAACUGCAGAGACCUCGACGAGCAGGACGGCACCACUGACGAUAGUGACAGCGACUUGGACAAAGAGAACUCCUCGAGCUCCUCAGCUGAUGACAAUAUGGCGUGCCAUAAGGCGAGCCAGUGCUCCGUUCACGGUGGCAGCAUGAAGGAGGAGAACGAGAGGGAGUCAGACCUGGCGAGUAAUUAUGGGUGUCCAAUCUGCACCCUGGGGUUCGGCAACCCGGAUCAACUGAUUGCACACGUUUACCAGCACACAUCGAUGGUGGGCAGCAGUAAGAGUUACGUGUGUCCGGUGUGUGGACGAGCUCUCAGCUCGCCGGGCUCUCUCGGACGUCACCUCCUCAUUCAUUCAGACGACCGACUCUCCAACUGUGCAGUGUGCGGCGCUCGCUUUACCGACACCAACAACUUCAACAGGGAAAAGCUGAAGGAGUUCCUCAAUUCCAGCGAUCUCGAGAGCAGCACCGGAGCUCAGACCUGCUCCAUGGUCCAGGCCGUGUCGGUGUCUGAUGGUCACAUGUCCGUUCAAGGGGCCAAUCACGGAGCCACUCCAGGCUCGGGCUUCCACCCGCUCCCAGGGAGCCUCCCCUCCUCUGGAUCUUCACUUCCGUCUUUCCCAGACACCCUCAACCCACUGCCUGACUUGUUAAACCCCAUGCCCGUGUAUCCGGCAGGCGUGCUGCUGGUGUGUAACAGCUGUGUGGCGUAUCAGCAGCUGGCGGGUAACUCGUCGUCUGCGAUGAGGAAAUGGGCGUCACGGCGCCGGAACGAACCGGCGGAAGCGCGGAUGCAGCGACUGGAGCGCGAACGAGUGGCCAAGAAGAGCAAGCGUGAGCGCGAGACGCCUGAGGAGCGCGAGCUGAGACGGCUACGUGACCGCGAGGCGAAGCGCAUGCAGCGGCUGCAGGAGUCGCAGGAACAGCGAGCGCGUCGGCUGCAGCGAGACCGCGAGGCCAUGCGCCUCAAACGUGCCACCGAGACGCCUGAAAGGAGACAAGCACGGCUGGUGCGCGAACGAGAGGCUAAGCGACUCAAGCGGCGGCUGGAUAAGAUCGAACCAGCGUUGCGUGCCCAGAUCGAGCACGAUCCUGCCGCCGUGGCCGCGCUCACUGCCGACGUCAACCUCUUCCAGUUCCCCUUCCCCGUCCCCGUGUCCUCCAUGGACAACGGGCUGUUUAUGAAGCUACCCUAAUCCGACAAAGACUCGCGGGAGCAUCGGAAUUCUUCUUGCAUGUAACAAGAUCAGAUCAUUCCAAGAUGACUUUGGAUGGUCAUGUGAUCACUGGCGAAAGCGCGGGGUGAUAUUGUCUCGAGGUGAAAAUAGAAAUGCUGUUUGCACCCUAUUUCACGUUACGUAACGUUAGCUAGAUCCGUAAUCAUCAUCAUCGUCAUCUCUUGUGGUUACAGUAGAACAAUUGGCGUAACUUUAGCUAGCUCGUUAGCUAUUGAUUAUAUUUAGGCUGGUUGUGAUGUCACUUUUUUUUUAUAUAAAGUUUUUUCAAGGAACCACCUUUUUUACCUUUGCACAGUUUGUUUUUCUGGUAGAGUACAAGCCGCUGUUCUGUUUCACCUGAGCACAAAAAGACACUCCUGUUAGUUAAACACGACCGCAGGGUAAAGACUAUUUUAAUGUCCCUGCCUUCCGAACAAGCAUGUGUCAGAGAUCUGUCAGACAUAAUUCUACAGAUCCAGUUUGCAUGUGGGCCUACAGUGAGGAGGAAGAGACUUGCAGUCAUACCCUCAGAUGCCACGCCCUUGGACACCCCGCCCUCUGAUCGGCCGGAGUUUACCUGUAGCUAUGACUCCUCCUCCCUGCUGGAGCGCUGAUCCACAGAUUCAACUACCUCAUCUCAAGACUUCUCUGUUCUCGAUGUCUUCUGUCCGGAUUGCAGGGACUCGGGACUCGACACGCACGCACCGUGGUGUUGGUGCUGAGCUGCUUUUAUAAUAGUCGUCAUAUCCGUCAGAUAUUCUUAUUCUUAUGAUAUUCAUCUUGACACGUUGUUCUUAAACUCAGAGUUACAAAACUUGCAUAUUAGAACGUAAUCAUGAAUCAACCAAUAGGAGACACGAGUGGGCGUGGCUUUGAUCAAUGUCAUCACAUCCAGAGUCGUAUAAUCCAAAACGCUAGCUACGACAAAAUGCUAAAAAUGGUCCUGCUAAAAUGAAAUUCUGAAAUAUUCCAAAUCUAACUGAAAAAGACUGGUUCGAAAGUUUUAGCACCCUCUGUCGGCUCACACUGGCAUUUUUCUUUCCAGAUAUUUCUUCUCAGCAAUUCUUCUUCACCUAGUCAACAGGUUAACGGAAACAGUGUUUGGAGGCGCGUGUUUAACAGCCAGUCAAGCUGAUGGUUGUAAAAGCAGCUUUAUGCACCUUGCUCUUCUGAAAAGAGGAAAUGCCACUCUUUCUCUCUCUCUCACACACACACUAUUUAUAUUUGUAUGUGCGUGCUAAAAUGUUGAAACAGAGCAAUCCACACGGAACUCUUCUGGCUUGUGGUCAACUCAAAACCUCCACACUGAUCUCCAGAACACAAAAAAAAACAAAACACACGGGUUUCUUCUUGUCUCAGGGAUGUCGAGGAGGAACCGGUUUGUCCUCGCAGCCUGAGAGAGAAGAGGAGAGGACAGAAGAGAAGAACCUCUUCCUCCUCCGCCUCCUGCGUCUCCUCUUUCCCGCUGCAGAACGAUGAACGGUUCAGAGAAACACUGCCUCGUUCUCGCUCCGAUCGGUUCAGCCACAUGAACCUGCUGCUUCCCCCCCCCAGUUUUUCAGCUCGUCCAUGCCACCAAGGUUUCAGUAACGUUUUUCCACGAGCGCUCCAACACCUUCUCCGACUCCGUACAGCGUGGCGUGUUUGCGAACUGUUGUAGUGCUGUUCUCGUCGAGUCUCUGUAUACAGUACAUGCUGAAUGCUAAUGUUGCCUUUGUCACUGGAGAUUUUGUUAUGGUUUUAUUUCGAGACAGGCAUGAGUUCUGUUUAUUAUUAUUAUUAUUGUAAAAAAAAAAAUAUUGCAUGAAAGAAAGAUGGAUGAAUGCAGAUCGGAGGCAUGUUUGUAUCUGAUGGAUGGUUUUACAGGAAAUGAAUGCGUUAGAAGGUAAAUAGCUGAAUAGACGUAUACAUAUUUAUUAAAGCUGCUGUAAGCGAUGCUGGCCUUUGCCCUUCAGGCCUGCAUUCAAUAUGGGGGGAAAAAAAAUUGCAAAUAUUUGUGAUAUACACAUUUUCUGUUAUUUAUCAACACCGACUGAGGGGAAAAUGUAGAUCUGGCAACCUGGGAGGAAAAAAAAAAGUGGCUUGAAAUUCUUAAAAUUGUAAAAAUCAGUAUCAUUUCGCUGCUUUAAUUCGCUAAAAUUGUGAGGGGGGGAAAAUCAGAAGCUAGGUCAAAAAAAAAAAAAAAUUAGAGGUAGCUAAACCACACCAAGAUGUCGAGCUAGAUCUAAAUUCGAACUAGGCUGAUAUAUAUUUUUUUUUUUGUAAGAGUGGACCACUAUUUUGUCCCAGACCUUCUGAUUCCAGACCCGUGCUCAAUUUGUCCGGAUGUAAAUAGCCGAAGUGUUCUUAAACGUCGAUUACAGCAGCUUUAGAUACUGUUUACACGAAUUUUAACUUUUCCAUCACUCCUGAGCGAUACCUCUUGAAAAACAGGGUAAAAUCAUGUCGUAUUUUACUGUAUACUAUUUUUCCCCCCUUUUCCGACAUUCCAAUUCUUUAUUCCAGUUAUUCCCAUGAAAAAAAAGAAUAUAACACUGAUAUGCCAGUUGAGGUUUACAGGAUUUUUCCGUGGCCGUCUUUUGUCCCUGCUGUCGGACUGAAAAGGCCGAUUUGUUCCGGAUCGAAGAUAAAGAAGUGUGAGUGGGUUACAUCACUAUGCAAUGAUUCUGUGCUCCAAACCCUGGACAUCUUUACACUUUCUAUUGUAACUAUGCAGCUGAAAGGUGAAAGGACACGUGAUCGCAUGCAGCAAAUCAACACACCCACCCACCCUCGCAAAAUAGGAACUCGGAACCCAGCUCAGCUCUUGGAACCUGACCAAAAAUGUUGGUACCCCAUGUUGAAUGCAAACAACUUGAGGACCGUGCUACACUCUUCGGGAAGGAAAAAAAAAAACUUUCAUGUAUUUUAAUUCUUCUUCACCUCUGAAAAAAGUUGAAUCUUGGAACCCAUUAUGCUAAAAAGCUCUUCAUAAGAACUGCUCCUCGACCAUCCAGGUUCCUGACUUGAUUCCUGAAGAACCCCGUUUUGUUCAGUUUCGCGUUUUCCCUGCUCUCAGCAAGAGCCGUGAAUUACCUGAUGAGCUGACUCGGGUGUAUUUAGAACAGAAAAUACACUAGGAGGUUCUCCAGGACCAGGGUUAGGAACUUGUGACCUAGAAGAACCUUAAGGCUUGAGCAUACUUCAUGUGGAAACAACAGUUGGCAAACUUCCAAGAAGAACGAGUCUGAUGUAACUGGAGCAAACGAGGCGUUUUAUUCCAAAAUGGCCGACUUGAUGACGCGCAGGAGUCGCCGUCUUUGUAGUUGUAGAAAGGGUUAUGAAAUCUUAGCAGCGCCAUCUGCAGCACUGGAGGAAUCUGAUGCAGCAGCUGAAAAGGUUCACAAACCUGACAGGCUCGGUCUCUGCAUUACAAAGGCUUUGACAUUUUUCAUUUUUUUUUCCUUCUAAGAGUGUAUAUCAAAAAUCCUGAUGCAUUUCCUGUUCUAGGUUUUAAUUACGAAUCAGAAAAGGAAGUCUUGAGAUUUUAUGAAACGCUGGGUUUAAUGAGUCAAAGUUUAGUGGGUGUGGCCAUGUUGAUGAUCUAUGCAUUGCGAAAGAAAGUGUGCGCGCGCAUGCAUUAUCCUACUUUAUAAACUUGUGUUCCGUUCUAUCGUUCUGUAUCAAGGGACCUAAAGACAAAUUGCCUUUUUUUUUUAAUGUUCAAAAUAUCUCGGUUAGUCUUUCAGGAGACGCUCUUGACCACGUUUACGACAAACCCCAAAACGACCACCGAUGCUACGUCUUGACUUGUACGUCUCGUCAGCGCUGCACACCUUUCUAUGACCUUGAUGUGAAUUUAGUUACAGCAAAAUCUAAAUCAUAAAACCUCCCAUUUCACAAAGGCCUCAUCUGAUUGGCUGAAGACACUGGGCGGUGACUCUGCAAGUGGACACGCGCAUGUGAAAGAACGAACGAUUUAUUUAAGCUCCUCCCACCUUUCAGAAAGCCAUUCUCUGUUACUGGAUUAACAGAUCAAAAUGUCAGGAUGAAACUGGGAUCAAUAAACGUUGACCUGGCUGCAAAA